AUGGCAAAGCCGUACAGUAUCUUUGAGAAGCUGCUGUGGAAUCCAAACACGUUUGGCGAGCCCAAGGCCCUCCAAAGGCUGCGGCUAGAGGCAGUCUGCAAGCGAUUCCAGGAACUAGUGCACAAUGCUGGGUGUCUGGAGUGGGAUUUCAACCAGUCUGAAGAUGAAUCAGCUUUCCUGCGGUACAUGCUCCAGCAGAGAAAGUGCGCUUCCCUCUUGACAAAAGUGGCUUUGGUUGUGGAGCAUCCGGUGAAUCUAGCAGCUAUCCUGCAGUCCAUCAUUCUCCAGGCACAGGACUCGCUUGGGGAGAUUCACUUGUUUAUGGGAGGGGCAGGAGCAGCAAGCAUCAUCGAUUUUGAGUACAUGCUCCUGAUGUUUCAGGCAUGCAAAGAGCUGGCGACUCUGGAGGUUCUCUACUGGACAAGAGAACUGCAGGUUUCUCAAAGGCUCUUGUGCAAUGAUUGGUUGCCAAAGCCUUUUGCUCGGUUGCGUACCUUGACUUUGCAAGGGUUUGCAGUUUCCCCUCUUAGAUUCGAUGCGUUCAUCGAGCGGUUCCCGUCCUUGACAAGCCUGGAGCUGAACUGUUUGAUGGGGGCAACGUACACCCUGAGGUCAAGCUCCCUUAGGAAAAUGUUUUGGUGGGGCAACGAAGCAGCCGGGAUUGAUACUGAAAAUCCAUCAAGAAUCAGCAUUCCAAGGAGCCUAGAGAAAGUCGUUGCCCUGCUGGACAGCCGCAGCAUACUUAUAAGAGAGAAGGCUGUCAGGGUGCUGCUGGCUCUGGCAAGCAACGCUGGGAGCAGGGUGGCCGUUGCGCAGGCGCCAGGGUGUUUACAGCGCCUUGGGGUUCUCUUGCAAGCCCCAAGUGGAGACCUCCAGAAGAUUGUGCCUGGACUUCUGUGGGAACUGGCAGCCGACGACACUGCAGGCAGAUUCAUAGUUCAUACGCCUGACAUAGUGCCGCGCUUGGCGGAGCUUUUGGUUGGCGCACCUUUGGCAGCAGUGUCCUGGGGGCUCUGCAGAGUUUGGCGGCUGAGCCCGAGGCGCGAGUGGUCAUAG